CCAAUCUCGUAAAGCUAUUGUUUUUCCUUCCUUUUUUAAGCCAUCUGUUGCUAGUUAUAAAAGUAACGGAAGUAGCAGCACACUGUUGAUUGUUGUGUAGGACAUUGAAAAUGGAGGGCUGCAGAAUGCAGAUGUUAGCUUUGUUUUCAUUUAUACUUAUUACACUUCCACCAAUAUAUGGUUGGGGAACUGAUGGCCAUUCCAUAGUUUGUCGAAUUGCUCAGUCUCGCUUGAGUGAAGCAACAGCAGAUGCUGUGAAGCAACUGUUGCCUAAAUCGGCAGAAGAUGAUCUUGGGAGUGUGUGUUCAUGGGCAGAUCAAAUUAAGUUCCGUUACCGCUGGUCAUCUCCUCUUCAUUUCCUUAAUACCCCUGAUACUUGCACUUACCAAUACAAAAGGGACUGCAAAGAUGAAGAUGGAGAAAUUGGGAGGUGUGUUGCUGGGGCAAUUAACAAUUACACCUCACAGCUUCUUAGCUACAAUUCUGCUGCAAGUGAAGCAGAAUAUAACCUUACAGAAGCACUUCUAUUCCUUUCUCAUUUUAUGGGAGACAUCCAUCAGCCUUUACAUGUGGGUUUUGCAUCAGACAAGGGAGGCAACACAAUUGAUGUCCACUGGUAUACAAGAAAGGAAGUUCUUCACCAUGUUUGGGAUAGCAAUAUAAUUGAAACCGCAGAAGAAAGGUUCUAUGAUUCAAAUGUAGAUGCCAUGGUUGAUGCUAUUCAACAAAAUAUUACGACUAAAUGGGCAGAUCAAGUCAAAAGAUGGGAGACUUGCAGUCUCAAUAAGACAACAUGCCCUGACAUAUAUGCGUCUGAAGGCAUCAAAGCGGCCUGUGAUUGGGCAUAUAAAGGCGUCACAGAAGGAUCACUACUUGAAGACGACUAUUUUCUCUCCAGAUUUCCAAUUGUUAGCUGGAGGUUAGCUCAGGGGGGAGUUCGAUUGGCAGCCACUCUCAACCGUAUUUUUGGAUGAAAAGUGCCUAAUCCUAUUUUAAUGUGGUGAAUUCAUCAAUCUGCUUGAAGCUUUAAACAGAGAGUUGCUCUGAUGUAUUAUCGAGCAUCUAAUUUAUUCUGUGCAUUGCUUGCAAAUGUAGAAAUCUAUGUUCUAUAUCAUAAUAAUUAC